CGUAUGAGCUAUUACCAGCCGCUUAUCCUUCGGCUGGAAAUAAAGAACGGUUCAAAUCAGAUAUCGUUUAACGAGUCAUCUAAACUUGAUGUCGGUAUGUCACUGUCUUUUUUUUUGGACAAACUUAUUGGUAAGCUUGAUAUCGUGCAACCGCUUACUAAUUUUCGAGGGCGUCGUACAUAUUCUGAAGUGGUUGUGGAGUCUUUAGAUGGUGAUAAAUGUAUAGAUGGUACGAGUUCUACGUCCGACGCGGAACACCCCCAAUCAUCUCGACUCUCUAGAGCCGAUUCUGACUUGCAGGUUCCCGACACAGUGACCUACUACUAUGGGAACCCCUUUGUUGAAAAAACGGAAGGCAUUCUCCACUUCUUCAAGUAUAAUGAUGAACGCUUGGGUCGUGAAGUUCAUUGCCGAAUGUUGUGUAUGCUUGCUGUACCAUCGCAAAUCACACUUAGAGAGAUUCUUCUGUUCAUAGGUACGAUUAAUUUAGCUUUUUUGGUUUCAGGUCCUAAUAUGCAGACGAUAGAACGAUUAAAGAUCAUCAGGGAUUCAACGCCGAACGAGUAUAUGAUCAUUUUGAAAUUCAAAACUCACAACGAUGCUGUCGUGUUUUACGACGAGUUUAAUGGGACGCAAUUCAAUAGCUUGGAACCAAACCGGUGUAGGCUGCUAUUUGUGGACAAGAUUGAAUGCGUACGUGUUGAAGAAUUUGCUCUUAAUCCAUGCCUGACUGAGCUACCUACUUGUGCUGUAUGCCUGGAACGUAUGGAUGACAGCGUGGUUUCGAUUCUCUGUAAUCAUACAUUUCAUGCCGGGUGUAUUGAGCAGUGGACCGACACUACGUGCCCAGUUUGCCGUUACAUCCAAACUCCGGAGUUAGUAGCCGAACAACGUUGUUCAAUUUGUGGGCAGAGCUCGGAUUUGUGGAUAUGUUUGAUUUGCGGAAAUAUCGGUUGUGGUCGCUACGCAGAGGGCCAUGCCUAUAGGCACUUCGAGAAUACCUCGCACACGUUUUGUCUACAAGUUGGAGGUCAGAGAGUGUGGGAUUAUGCUGGAGACAACUAUGUACACCGACUCAUACAAUCAGACGUGGAAGGGAAAGUUGUGGAAUAUCAGAGAGGAGAUCAAUCGGAUGAGAAGAAAGAAAAGUUAGAUGGUAUAAAAUUGGAGUAUACAUGCUUAUUGACUAGUCAACUGGAGAGUCAAAGAAUGUAUUUCGAGAAAUAUUUUUUGCGAAUUACGGAAGUGCAGGAGGCGGCGGCAACGAAACAGGUGACAUCAGAGCUGAAAGCAGAGCAGGAAAUUAACGAAAUGCUCAGAGCAGAUCAGCAGGUUUGGAAGUCGAAAGUUGUGGAACUGGAAAACAAAUGUGCCACUAGUGAGCUGCAGUUUUCAAAGGUAAUUGAAGCAUCAUCCUUUCUUCAGUUAGAUCGGAAAUUCUAUCUGAAACCUGAUUUCGAAUGA